AUGCUCAAUUUCCGUAUUAUAUCCCUCGCCAAGGGAACUAAAUGGUACCUACUAUCAUUUUCAUUCAAAUAUUGUAGUAUAGCAAUGCUUGCUGUGCCUCUUCAACCAACUAUCAGCACCAUUCAUUCGUUUAAUAAAAACAAAUUUGCCUUCUACUCCGAUUGCAUCAUUUCUCAACAUAGCACCCUCUUUUCAUCAAAAGUACGUUUACUCAUGUUCUCAUACAACAACGCUCAAAUAACGAUGGCAAACUUGUUUACUGCUCCUGUUAUACCACUUGACUCGUUAUUUUCUGUGCACGUUCUUGCCAAUUUAUCGCUAUGA